ACAGAGAGACAGACAGGUUCAGGUCUACAGAGAGAUGAAGAUGAUGAAGAUGAUGAUGGUCCUCUCUGGUCUCAUCUGUGUCUCAGCUGAUGUUCUACAUCAGGACCUUUAUAUCCUCGGCUGUUCAGACUCUGAUGGAGAGUUUAUGUAUGGUCUGGAUGGAGAAGAGAUGUGGUACGCAGACUUCAUCAACCAGAGAGGAGUGGAGCCUCAUCCCAGUUUCAUAGAUCAUCUUACCUGCCCAGGAUGUUAUGAACAAGCUGUGACUGAUCAACAGAUCUGCAGAGGGAACCUGAAGAAUUCCCGUAAAGGCAUGAAGGACUUCCCAGUGGAGCAUGAUCCCCCAUCCAGUCCGAUGGUGUACACCAAAGAAUCCGUGGAGCUCGGAGAGAAGAACACCCUCAUCUGUUAUGUGACUGGUUUCUAUCCUGCUCCUGUCAUCUUCUCCUGGACAAAGAACGGAGAGAACAUCACCGAAGGAAGCAGCACCAACGUUCCCUACCCCAACAAAGAUGGUUCCUUCUACCAGUUCUCCAGACUGGAGUUCAUCCCACAGCUGGGAGACAUCUACAGCUGUACAGUCAACCAUCUGGCCCUGGACCACCCACUGACCAGAAUCUGGGAUGUGGAGAAGACUCAGCCCGGUAUUGGACCAGCAGUUUUCUGUGGACUGGGUCUGACUGUCGGUCUGCUCGGUGUGGCUGCUGGAACCUUCUUCCUCAUCAAAGGAAACGAUUGCAGCUGAUUGGUUGGGGUUGAUGAUGAUGUCAUUAUGGUUUAUGUAGAGCAGAUGUGGUACAGAU